UUCCCAAACGCGUCCCGUCGUCCGUACGCGUCCACGCUUGCUCCGUCCGGGCUUCCAUACUUCGCCUCGUUCUCGCUCUCAGUCGGUCCUGCAGCGAAGAUGGCGGAAGCUCCCCCGCGGCCCUGCCGGUUCUUCUGUCACCGGUGCUCAGAAGAGAUCAGCCCUCGGCUCCCGGAUUACAUCUGUCCGCGGUGUGAGUCUGGUUUCAUCGAGGAGUUACCUGGAGAAGGAAGUGCAGAGAAUGGGUCCACGUCUACAGCCUCUAAUGACCAAAAUCGCCCCUCAUUUGAGAAUGUGGACCAGCACUUGUUUACGUUCCCACAUGGAUAUGGGCAGUUUGCUCUGGGGAUCUUCGAUGAGGGCUUCGAAUUCAGGGCGGGUUUGCCAGGGGAAGAUAACCGUGACGCAGAGAACCGCAGAGAACGGGAGAUGGCCUCACGACAGCGGUACGGGGCGAGACAGCCACGGGGACGGCACCUUCCCCGGAGACAAGGGGCACGGCAUGAGGGUGUACCGACUUUAGAAGGAAUCAUUCAGCAGUUAGUUAACGGAAUCAUCGCUCCGACAGCUAUGCCAAACAUGGCGAUGGGGCCAUGGGGAAUGCUUCAUUCCAACCCAAUGGACUAUGCAUGGGGUGCCAAUGGAUUAGAUGCCAUCAUAACACAGUUAUUAAAUCAGUUUGAAAAUACGGGUCCCCCUCCGGCAGACAAAGAGAAGAUUAAGAGUCUCCCCACAGUCCAGAUAAAACAGGAGCACGUGGGUGCUGGUCUAGAGUGCCCUGUUUGUAAAGAAGACUACAGCGCAGGAGAGAACGUUAGACAACUUCCCUGCAAUCAUCUCUUUCAUAAUGACUGUAUAGUUCCCUGGCUCGAGCAGCAUGACACGUGUCCGGUAUGCAGGAAGAGUUUGAGUGGGCAGAACACAGCCACGGAUCCGCCCGGCCUAUCAGGGAUGAAUUUCUCCCCCUCUUCCUCCUCCUCUUCCUCCUCCAGCUCUCCAAGCAAUGAGAACGCCUCCAAUAACUCGUAAGACCUCAGCCCACAUCCUGAACACAUCGACACAUCAUCAUCUCAGCCCCACUGCGCCGGCCUGGCCAACACCGCACCCUUUCCCUUCCAGCAGCGACGCGGCGCUGGACUGAUCUCGAACUCGGUGGAACCAGCGGCCAGAGCUGAACGCAAACCUCUGAACCUGCUCAUCACUAACACACAUUUAACUGGCUGGAGACAGGUCAGAGAGCACGCCAAACCCAGAAGAGAAAAAUACACUCUCAUAUUGCUUCAGACAGCGUUUUGUUUCUUUUUUUUUUU